AGUCGGCCCAAUAUGUCACGACCUCUGAUCACUGGAUCCCCUGGAUCUCCACCGAACAAGCAAAGCAUUCCUACAGCAUCGCAGCUCACAAAGCCCAACGCACCUGUCCACAUCGUGGGCAGCCACGUGUACUCCGACAGCCUGGCCAGCCUCACCCAACACCCCGAAUCAAGAACCGGAAGACUUUUCGAUGGCACAGAGCCCAUUGUCUUGGGCAACCUUGGACAGAUGUUCAGAUAUAUCUUGAAUUGUCUAUGAACAUCAAAACUCAGUCCUGGUGAUUUCAGGAAGUACACUUUGUUACAUGAAGAUGCAAAAUACUUUCAACUUCAGUUAGUGCUGUUGACAAUGGAAAGAUGGAAACCGGAGAGAGAAAUGGGUCACUUUUCCAGGGCCUGUGAGUGCCUGCUGGUGCGUGGAGCCCCCGACCUUGGUGAGAGGCUCACACCCAGUGGCGGUAAGUCCUUGAUGGACGUGUUCCCAGAGAUCACCGACGGGAUGUGUAACUCCCUGAAUCAAAUAAGUUAA